AUGGCACACAGAAUCGCUCUAAUUUUCUUCUGCGUCGCUUUGACCGGCGCAUUAGGCGCACACAUGGUACGCCGCGAAGCCGAGACCCCACUGCAGGAGCUCCAGAAACACGCUCAGGAAUUUGGCAACACCUUCAGCGAACAACUUACCUCCCUCACUAGCUCUAAGAACGCACAGGAAUUCAACAAAGCCCUGAAGGAGGGCUCUGACUCCGUCCUCAAGCAGCUCUCGGACUUCUCAGCGUCUCUACAGAAAGCUCUCUCUGAAGCAAAUGGAAAGGCAAAGGAGGCGCUCGAAACAACACGCUCCAACAUCGAGAAGACAGUAGAGGACCUGAAGAAGUCUCACCCCGAAGUAGAAGAGCAGGCCAAAGCCCUUAAGGAUAAGCUGCAGAGCGCUGUACAGAACACCUUGGAAGAGAGCAAGAAACUCGCUCAACAAGUGUCAGCGAACGUGGAAGAGACGAACAAGAAGUUGGAGCCUCAGAUCAAGAAGGCGUACGACGACUUCGUCAAGCAGGCUGAACAGGUCCAACAAAAGUUGCACGAAGCAGCUAACAAGCAGUAG